CAUGAGUGAGGCCUUUGACUGUGCUAAAUGUGGUGAAUCGUUGUACGGCCGCAAGUACAUCCAGACGGACGGCGGCCCCCACUGCGUGCCAUGCUAUGACAACACUUUUGCCAACACCUGUGCUGAGUGCCAGCAGAUUAUCGGGCAUGACUCAAGGGAGCUGUUUUAUGAAGACCGCCACUUCCAUGAGGGCUGCUUCCGCUGCUGCCGCUGCCAGCGCUCCCUGGCCGAUGAGCCCUUCACCUGUCAGGACAGCGAGCUGCUCUGCAAUGACUGCUACUGCAGUGCCUUCUCCUCACAGUGCUCUGCCUGCGGGGAGACCGUCAUGCCUGGGUCCCGGAAACUGGAGUAUGGAGGCCAGACAUGGCAUGAGCACUGCUUCCUGUGCAGUGGCUGUGAGCAGCCACUGGGCUCCCGUUCUUUCGUGCCUGACAAGGGUGGUCACUACUGCGUGCCCUGCUAUGAGAACAAGUUUGCACCUCGCUGUGCUCGCUGCAGCAAGACGCUGACACAGGGAGGCGUGACAUACCGUGACCAGCCCUGGCACAGGGAGUGCCUCGUCUGCACCGGGUGCCAGAUACCCCUGGCAGGGCAGCAGUUCACCUCUCGGGAGGAAGAUCCCUACUGUGUGGCAUGUUUUGGGGAACUCUUUGCACCGAAGUGCAGCAGCUGCAAGCGCCCCAUAACAGGACUUGGUGGGGGCAAGUAUGUGUCCUUCGAAGACCGCCACUGGCACCACAGCUGCUUCUCCUGCGCCCGCUGCUCCACCUCCCUCGUGGGCCAAGGCUUUGUGCCUGACGGAGACCAAGUGCUGUGCCAAGGCUGCAGCCAGGCAGGGCCCUGA